AUUACGUCACAUACCACCACGUUGGUCUGGGUAGCAAGGUCGACCCCCUCCAUUGUUGUAUGAGGGAAAUAACAUAACCAGACACUGACAAAGGAUAGAAUUUCGCCAAUAAAAGUGGACAUUAAAACACUCUCCAUGAGACUGGGACUGUCUACCGUUUUAGACUUUCCAUAACACCUUGUGAAAUAAUGAGGUUGAAAACAGCGAGCAAACCAAGCAGUGCUGGAGCAGGCAGUGUAAUGAGGGACGGCACUGGUUGGGCAUGGGCUAUAUGCUUUGCUGCUCAUGUAUGUUUCGUCGUAACUACGGGAUAUUUCACUACUCUUGGGAUAUUCUACCUAGAAUGGAAAGACUACUUUGAUUUAUCUGCUACAUCGUCCAGCUGGCUAGUUGGCAUGCCAUUGUUGGUUGCUAGUCCAUUGACUUUGUUCAGUGGUGUUCUUGCAACUCGGCUUGGUGUACGUCGACUAACUAUGGUUGGAUCAGCAAUUAAUGGACUGGCCACAAUACUAGGAUCGUUCGCUAACAAUGUCACUCAACUCUACCUCUGUGGUGCUUUGUCAGGUUUGGGUACAGUGCUAAUGAUCCCUCCAGCUAUGGUUGCAUUGUCUCAAUACUUCAAGAAACGAUACGCUCUCGCCAAUGGAAUUGUUGUUCUGGGAUCCAACACUGGGCAAAUCGUCUUCCCUCCUUUGUUUCGUCUCCUUAUUGCUCAUUAUGGAUGGAGAGGAACUAUGUUGAUUGUUGGAGCAAUUCAGCUGAAUGGUGUUGCUGCUUGUGCCCUCUUCCGUCCUCUUAAGACAACCACCAUCAAAGUGAAACUAGAUUUGGAGGUAAAUCAGACUGCAGUAACACCACCUAAACCAAUAACAUCAGUUAUCCAAAAGGAUGCCAGACCAAAUGAGGGUAAUACAUGGUUGAGAAAUUUACAGUUUCUAGAUAUAUUCUCUGAUUUGUCAGCGAUGUUGAUGCUUGCAACUGCAGCUUUAUAUUCCAUAGGCUGGAUUACAAAUCUUACCCAUCUACCAGCUAGAGCUAAAGAGGGUGGUUGGUCUGAUGACCAAGGGGCAAUGUUACUUAUAUCCUUUGGGAUUGUAUCCAUGUUAACGAGAGCUACCCAUGGUUGGUUUGUGGAUCGAAACUACGUGAGUGCCUAUAAACUACAUUGGAUUGUUCUUCUAGGAGCUUCUAUAGUGACCUUCUUAAACCCUGUGUCUGAUAACUACGUGUUUCUAGUGGGAUAUACAAUACUAGUAGGAGCAUUCGUUGGUAUAGGUGGACCGCUAUUGAUCGUGAAUUUACGGAGUUUGGUUCAUCCGUCCCAUGUGCCUGCUUCACUCAGCUUAAUCUUCGCAGUGUUCUUUCUCUUCAAUGGAAUCGGUACAGUUGUUGCAGGUAAAAUAUACGAUGGCACUGGAAACUACGUUGCUCCUUUCUUGACCGCCGGAGCACUUUUCAUGGCAUCGUUCUUACUCUUUAUCUUAAUUUUGUUCCUGAAAAAGCGAAGAGAUGGUAAACUUGAACGCAAGACAUUCACUAACAACCCUUGUGAGGAGUCAGAACCAAUGUCAACUGUAGCUGUGUGAUGAAGCCCCAAGAUGGACACAUUGAACACAAGACAUAACUGUAGCUGUGUGAUGAAGCCCCAAGAUGGACACAUUGCACGCAAGACAUUGUGCAAAGAGUCAGAACCUAUGAUGUCAACUGCAGCUGUGUGAUGAAGCCCCAAGAUGGAGUAUACAGCUCUGGGAGGUCGGCUGCCAAGGCGCUCCAAAAACUUUAUCAAACACAAUAUCAACCCCCCCCCCCCC